CCCAGCCCCGCUCCGCGGCCGCAGGAGGGGCCGGGCCCGUCCGAGCCGGCGGCCGCGGCGGCUGCUCCGAGGGCGUGGUUGCUAUGCUCUUUUCUGUGAGCAGCCCUUUUAUUACCAGAGCUCCUCAUCCUCCAUCUGGAGCUGGAAACCAACUGAAAAUGUCUCAGAAUCCUGACAAGCUAAAUUCAAGUGAAGAGAAGCUGAAUGCUUUGGAGGAGGAUGAGGAGGAGAGCUUGGACAGCUCGGAUCAGUCUGGCCGAAAGAGGAUACGCCAGAGUGCUCCAGGGUCCCACAGAGAUGAUACACCCAAGUCCAGUCCCUCUCGGCCUGUGUCCAUAGAAGAGCUCAUGGAGACAGCAAAAGGAGUCACCAACAUGGCACUGGCACAUGAAAUUGUGGUGAAUGGAGACUUCCAGAUAAAGCCAGCUGAACUGCCAGAACACAGCUUAGAGAAGAAAGUCAGAGAUAUUGUGCAUAAAGCUUUCUGGGAUUGUCUGGAAGCUCAGCUGAAGGAAGAUCCCCCAACAUAUGAUCAUGCAAUUAAGUUAUUGGGAGAAAUUAAAGAGAGUCUUCUGUCGUUCUUGUUGCCUGGUCACACUAGACUGAGAAGCCAGAUUACAGAAGUUCUUGACCUGGAUUUGAUAAAACAGGAGGCAGAGAAUGGGGCCCUUGACAUUUCUAAGUUGGUCAAAUUUGUUAUUGGCAUGAUGGGGACUCUUUGUGCUCCAGCUCGAGAUGAAGACAUUAAGAAACUGAAAGAUAUUAAUGAAAUAGUUCCUCUUUUCAGAGCAAUUUUCUCUGUAUUAGACCUAAUGAAAAUGGAUAUGGCAAACUUCGCUGUCAGUAGUAUUAGGCCAAAAUUAAUGCAGCAGUCUGCUGAAUAUGAAAGAAAGAAGUUUCAGGAGUUUCUUGAGAAACAGCCAAAUUCUUUAGACCUUGUCACAAAGUGGUUGCAAGAAGCAGCAGAUGAUCUUGCAAAGCUGGGACAUGAAACGUUGCCUCCCCACUGUAAUGAUGGUGCCACUGGUGGAGCUUCUGCCUUGUGCUUCACUGCUGUACAAAAUCAGGCCUAUCUGAAGCUUCUCAAGUGGGAUCACGUGAACAGGCCUUUUCCAGAAACGCUGCUGAUGGACCAGACACGCUUCCUGGAGAUGCAGCUGGAGCUGGAGCAGCUGCUGCUGGUGGGGACAGUGCUGCUGGUCACCUUCAGUGCAGCAGGCCCAGCUCUCAUCGACGUGCCUGGCUUUGCAGAGAGGAUCAAAACCAUCGUCAAGGUGCUGCUGACAGGGAUGCAUCUCCCCUCCUUUAACCUGAAGGAAUCCCUGGCCACCGUGGGUGAGAAGGUGUGUGCAGAGGUGAACAGCUGCCUUUCCCAGCAUGGCUUUACCCCGUUCUCAGCUGAGAGGGAGGCUGUGCUGAAGGGGCAGAUCCAGGCAGUGGGCAGCCCAGAUAACUCCAUCUCCAAGCUCAUAGAUUCUCGAAUUCAGAAGUUUCUGGAGAAUUAUCUUGCAUCCAGUCACCAGAAAUCAUUGCCUGCCAUUCCUGGAGGAUUAGGCCCCAUUCAGAGGGAGCUGGAGGAGAUUGCUGCCAAGUACAUUCGUCUUGUCAACUACAACAGAAUGGUCUUCAGCCCUUACUAUGAUGCAGUCCUUGGCAAAAUACUGACUAAGGAAGAAUCCCAAAUUGUAGGGAAGUCAGAAGAAUCAUAAAACCAGUCUGUGUGCUAUCACUACAGUAUUGUCAGCUAUUAAAUAAAACUUGUACCAAUAUUUGUCUAGGAAAAGA